AGGAUGAGGUAGGCAUGAGCAAGGCAAUGAUGAGAGUGAGGUGAUGCAACAAGAGCAAGGCCGCCGCGUGAUCGCCAUGGCUGGAGUAAACAUGCAGCUCAUGUUCCGGCGUGUAUUUCUCACACAUUCCACUUUGUUAAGGAGAAACACACCAUUAGGAUGGAUAUAUGGAAGUCGAUCAUUGAGUGCUACAACUGAGAGUGCCUCCCAGCAAGCCAGCAAGGAAGAACCUGAAGCUACAGGUGAAAGCAGAGCAUCUGAGGACCAGCUUCAAGAAAUUAUUGAAAGUUUAAAUAAGGAAAAGGAGUCAUUAUCAAAGAAAGUUGCAGAUUUCCAGGAUAAAUAUCAAAGGACAUUAGCUGACCGUGAGAAUGUCAGGAAUCGCCUAGAAAAGCAAAUAAUAGAAGCGAAGCAGUUCGGCAUUCAAGGGUUUUGCAAAGAUCUCUUAGAGGUGUCUGAUGUAUUUCACAAGGCAAUCGAAAGUGUUCCUUCAGAGAAAAUAAAAAGUGGCAACUCUGACCUUAAGACUCUUUAUGAUGGCUUGGUUAUGACAGAAAAUCAGCUGCUAUCUGUGUUUCGUCGACAUGGUUUGGAAAAGAUUGUGCCAAAACUCGGAGAGAAGUUUGAUCCCUCCUUACAAGAGGCAAUGUUUGAACUGCCACUUCCAGAACAGGAGACAGGCACCGUGGCUCAUGUGAUCCGCUCUGGUUGGACUCUACACUCCAGGUGUAUUCGCUCAGCACAAGUUGGGGUUGUUAAAAACUAGAUCACAUGUGUUUAUAAUGUACAAAUGCUUUUUAAUUCAUUGAGGUAGGUGAAGAUACGUGAAUGGGUAUUUUAGAAUGUAAAGCAGUAUAAUACAGCUUGAAAGUUAAUCUACAGUCUUGUCCUAUAUAUUUGUAUAAAUUGUUUUUCCGUGUCCUUGUUAUGUAUAUGAAUGUUUGCUUGCGUACUUGGGUUUACAGCAGAUAUUUUUUUUUACCUGAGAUCAUGUAAUUAAAUUUUUCUUUAAUUAUAAAUUAUUUUAUUGAAUAUUUUCUGUAUGAUGCAUGAAUUUGAAGUUAUCUUUAUUUGAUCUUGCAAACAUUUCAUAAGAAAACGUGUGAAAAAAAAUUAGUGUCUUUUUAGCCCUCUUAAUUGUUAGCAUUUUGAACAAUUAACAGUUUCCAUAGUUCCCUAUUGAUAUGUAUCUGCUUAUAUCUCUGAAGUGGUUUAUGUCUAGUGGUGGUCAUCCUCUCUUACUUCACCCUUGAAUUUUAGUCAUAGUUGGAUUGAUGUACGCAAUAAUAGUUAACAUAAACUUGCUUCUUGUGACAAAAAAAAAAAUGCUUUUGCCACAAAUUGUAUAGUAAAGGAUUUUUAUGGGAAAACAUUUUAAUUGGUUCUGGAACAUGCCAGAUUAGUGCCUUUUGACCCACCUAAGGGACAUGGGGAUUUGUAUAUCAAAGAUUCUCAUGAAAGUGUAUUACAGUCAGUGAACACCAAUCCUGCAUCUCACUGGCACACGCUGCAUUUUACUUGAGGCCUCCCAGCAAGCAUAAAAAUUGGGCUGGGACAAAAAUGACUUAUUGGCAUCUGAAGUGCAUGUUUCCUCCUCAUUCAUGCCAAUAGCAACAAUGACCAGUAUUAAGCAGGUUACCAGUGUCAGUGUUCAUUGUGUCUUUGGUGAAAUGUGAUUGGCUCUGUUCUCGGGGUGAAAUACUUUGUUAUGUUCAUGCUGUGGUGUUUGUAGUGAUGUGUGCGAGGCAGACAAAUCACGGUGAUAUAAUUCCAUCAUAGAUUUUCACAUGUUGGAUUUGAAUGGUGUUAAUACAGCAAAAUGUGUAAGUUUAAAAACACGAAACUUCCAUAACGUCAUAUGAAAAUUCAAGGGAAUCACUGAGUAAUUGUCGUUCCACAGUCAUGGUGGUGGCACCCCUUUAUCUUAACAAAGUUUUUAACUUCUCUAUGAAGGCAGUUGGACUCUAAUCCAACUCUUACAGCAAGGCAGUGGGGAUGCCACUACUGUGGCUGUGAAAAGAUGAUUCCUUACUGCCUCCCUUGACAAAUUUUCAUAUGAAGUUCUGGAUGUUUUGCAUUUCUUAAUUCACAUGUUUUGCUAUAUUGACACCAUUCAAACCAGACAUGAAGAUCUAUGAUUGAAUGAUAUCACUGACUUUUCUGCCUCCCACUCAUCAUUACAAACCACAAAAUUAACAGAGCAAAAUGUGUGUCAUCCCUAGAAAAAAGCUGGUAAGGUGUCACCAAAGACACAAUGAAUACUGAUCAGCAUAGGGCUAAUAAUAAAGUUUUGUAUGACCUCAGCUUCCACCUUCCAUAUUCAUCAGUGUCCCUAUGACCUGCCUGCCUUUCAUUGUCUCUAGUCUCCCCUUUCAUACCCUCAUGCAUACAGCAUAAGCACGUAAAUUCCUUAACUUUAUAAAUUUCCAGUCGUAACAAUAUACAUUUUUUU